AGAGCCGGUCUGUCUGUCUCUCAUUCAUCACCGGAACUGUGCAGCGCCUACACCAACCGCCGCUCCGCUCUCCAUCCUGUCUCCUCCGAACACCGACACCAAGGACACCGCCGCCGGCCAUCAUCCGCGUUGUGUCGAGAUGAAGAUUGACACCAGCCUGACUAUGCCCCAGCUCCCAGAGUCCCUGUCCCAGGCAGGCCUACAGUUCGCUGUGGCCACUGAGGAGGACUUCGACGAGAUCAUGGCUAUGAGCCAGGACAUCUAUGGAGGCCUUGACUACUUGCCCACUAGGUACACCAACUGGCUGCAGGAGACCAACCGCACAGUCAUACUGGCCCGCAAACAGGGAAAAGUGAUUGCUCUGGAGUCAGUGUGUGUGAUUGAUGGUGGGGAGACCAUGCUGGUGGAAGGUCUCCGCGUUGCCCCUCAAGAAAGGGGCAAAGGUGUGGCAGGAGUUCUGCUGCGAUUUUGCUCCGAACUGGUGAAAUCCAAGUUCCCAGAGGUUAAAGUAACCCGCCUGACCCGUGAUGAUCAGCUUGGACCCAAGGACUUCCAGAAGUACCGCAUUAUAACCAAGCAGGGUAUUCUGCUGGUGCGCUUCAGAGCUGAAGAUCUCAAGCUCCGUCUGUCUGAGCUUGGUCUGGGUGGAGACAUCCAAUCCUCUGUGUCCACCCCUUCCUCUAACUCUACUCCUGUGCGUCUCGACCAUACAGCUAUCCACCGGCUGUAUCUGACCACUGAUCUGAUGCAGGGGGUCCUUCCUAAUUCUACCAUCAUUCAAGACUGGCAGCCAUUCAAGCCGUUGCCCAGUAACAUGGCCAUCCUGCUGAAGAAGGACAUUGACUGGAUGGUGGAUGAUGGGUCCAACCCUACCGUGGCCAGCCUCUGUACCUUCCCUUUCAGGGUGCCCAUUGGAGAUGACUGGUAUUACCUGAAUAUUGACAUGUUCGGUAAAGAGCUUGACCUGGUUCGGCAGCAGUUCUUGUGCCACCUGCAGCGCCACACCGCCACCCUGAAGGGUCAUGUGAUGUGCCAGAUGUUCCUGGACCCACCGCUCUGGAAGCCCAUGGUCGAAUUCUGCCGCAACACCUUGAGCGUGGAGCUGGUGAAGGAGUACACCGAGCAGUGCGUGGUCGAGUCAGACGUCGCCUAGUUACAGAAGGUGGAUGGAGGGGAA